AUGCCUAGAAUUAUUCUGAGCUCAAAGUUGAAGGAUAGCGAAUCCAUUUACCUUCACGACUGGAUUAUACAACUGAUUGGAUCAAAGUUCAAUGUGCACAUCAAGCAGCCUCUUUUCCCGAAGGUACAAAAACUGAUCCCUAAACUGAGGCUGGGAAGACAUGCAAUUUUAUCCUCCCCAAUUGUGAGUUCCUCUCAUCACUUUCUAAAGAUCACCAAGUUUCACAAUAUAGACCGGUUUCGUGUCUUCGCUUCGGGGAGGGAUGAUACUUGCCAUAUACUUAGUUGA